GAUUUAACCGUCCAAAACCCCAAUAGUUUGCUUUGCGCCCCAUCUUUUUAGCCAAUUCGACAGUGCCUGGCACGAAGGUACGAAAAGUUCAAAGUGACUUACCCAUCCAAAUACACAUCGAAAGCCCCCUCUCCCUCUCACUGCCUUAGAACUCCGUUUGCUAAUCCUCUGUACGAAGACCGAAAGUCUGGUUGCGCAGGUUCGGAUCCGGUCCGCUGGUGAAUGGAGGCUAUUAGAAAGCAAGCCACCAAGCUCCGAGAACAGGUCGCUAGGCAACAACAGGCUGUCCUCAAGCAGUUUGGGGCUGGGGGAUAUGGAGGUUCUGACAGCUUAGUUACUGAUGAGGCAGAACUUCAGCAGCAUCAAAAACUUGAAAAGCUUUACAUAUCAACACGUGCUGGCAAGCAUUAUCAAAGGGAUAUUGUUCGUGGUGUUGAAGGAUAUAUUGUCACCGGUUCCAAACAAGUUGAAAUAGGAACAAAGUUUUCAGAGGAUAGCAGGAAAUAUGGUGCUGAAAAUACAUGUACCAGUGGUAGUACAUUAUCAAGAGCUGCACUAAAUUAUGGGCGUGCUCGUGCUCAAAUGGAGAAGGAACGUGGAAAUCUGUUGAAAGCUCUGGGUACACAGGUUGCAGAGCCAUUACGAGCAAUGGUAAUGGGAGCUCCAUUGGAGGAUGCUCGACAUCUUGCACAGCGUUAUGAUAGAAUGCGACAAGAAGCUGAGGCUCAGGCUAUUGAAGUUUUGAAACGCCAAGCAAAAGUGAGAGAAACACCAGGCAAUAGUGAAAGUGUUAUGAAACUGGAAGCUGCUGAAGCAAAACUACAAGAUCUGAAGUCAAACAUGGCAAUAUUAGGGAAGGAAGCUGCUGCAUCAAUGGCUGCUGUUGAAACUCAACAACAGAGGUUAACUCUCCAGCGACUUAUUGCUAUGGUUGAAGCAGAACGCACUUAUCAUCAGAGAGUACUUCAGAUACUCGAUCAGCUCGAAGGCGAGAUGAUUUCUGAACGACAACGGAUUGAAGCAGCUCCUAGUCCUAGUAUGGAUAAUUCCAUGCCUCCACCUCCGUCAUAUGAAGAAGUCAAUGGCAUAUAUGCUUCUCAGAGCAAUAAUGGAACAACGGACUCCCUGUACUUUUUAGGGGAGGUGGUGCAUCCGUAUCAAGGUGAAUCUGACGUGGAGCUCAAUUUGUCAGUUGGGGACUAUGUUGUUGUCCGAAAGGUGUCAAACAAUGGGUGGGCCGAGGGGGAAUGCAAAGGAAAAGCAGGUUGGUUUCCAUUUGGAUACAUUGAAAGAAGGGAGCGUGUUCUUGCAAGCAAGGUGGCUGAAGUGUUUUGAACAUGUGUUCAGUUGGCUUCUUUAGCCGAAGGAUUUUGUACGUGUGUAUGUUUUGCUCCAGCCUCCAAGGUGGAACAGAUCUUGUGUUCUUGCAAAUAGAAGAACUUCUAUUGUUACAUAUCUCGAUGUGAAAUAGAUGCUGUCUGAACCUUCCUCCCUUACACCCCCCCCCCC